AUGACGCCCCUCACAUUCCUUGACCUCCCAGGAGAAAUUCGUAAUCACAUCUACCAAUUACUCCUCAUCAUCCCAUCCAUAUCAAUACCCCGUCGUCUAGGAAGUGAUCCACAUAUAUAUCCACAAAUUCUAUCCGUCUGUCGAAGAGUCCAUGAUGAAGCCGAACAAAUCCUCUACGGUAGCAAUGUCUUCAUAGCACAUCCCAAUCUUCUUACGGGACUACCGCGCUUGCGUUGGAAAUAUGAUACUAUCAGCUCCUCCAGAUUGAUAUCUAAUAUCAAAAAAUACUAUAUAAUUGUUCGACUGGAUUGCGAUCCGAAUUUCUCUGCAAAGAAAGCAGAAGAAGCUUUUAGCGAGGUGGAUGAAUUGACAAUAAGGGUUGAACAAUCUACGUUUAGGGGUUCAGAUUAUAAGGUUCUGAGACUCUUUGAGGGUGUGCGAGGAGUGAAGAGAGUAAGGAUUUAUGGGAGCGUAACUGGUUUUCCUGCAUAUGUUGAAUGGUUGCAGGGAGUCAUGAUGACGCCAAAGAAAGUUGAUGUUGCACCGUUUCAAAGCCAGAAGAGUAAUGUCAUCGGCGAGCCUUGGGAUGGAAGUUGA